UUUAAGGUUAUGCGGACUAGAGAAGUUUAAAGUAUUUCUUGUAUAAAUAAUUAAAUUAAAAAUGAAGACCGUUUUAAUGGUUGCUGAAAAGCCUUCGUUAGCUGCGUCUUUAGCGAAUAUUUUAAGUAAUGGAAAAAAUUCAAGCAGAAAAGGUUUUAACGGGGCUUGCUCAAUACAUGAGUGGAAUAGUACUUUUAAAGGUACCCCAGCACGUUUUAAAAUGACCAGUGUUUGUGGACAUGUUAUGGGAGUUGAUUUUAUAAGUAAAUACAAUAACUGGGAUAAAGUUGAUCCCAUUGAGCUUUUCUCAUGUCCCAUUGAAAAGAAGGAAGCAAUGCCUAAAUUAAAAAUGCCUCAGUUUUUAGCCCAAGAAGCUAAAGGUUGUGACACUCUUGUGUUGUGGCUAGAUUGUGAUAAAGAAGGAGAAAAUAUUUGUUUUGAAGUAAUGCAGGCCGUUUCUGGAUCAUUUAAUGGAAAUGUGUAUAGCAAUGCAGUCACAUAUAGGGCCCAUUUCUCUGCAAUUACUGAAAAGGAUAUUAAAGCAGCAUUUGAAAAUUUAGGUUUUCCAAAUGAGAAUGAAGCCAAAAGUGUUGAUGCUCGCCAGGAGCUAGAUUUAAGAAUUGGAUGUGCUUUUACAAGGUUUCAAACAAAAUAUUUUCAGGGAAGAUAUGGAGAUUUAGAUUCUACAUUAAUAUCUUAUGGGCCUUGUCAAACUCCAACUUUAGGUUUUUGUGUUCAAAGGCAUGAUGAAAUUCAAACAUUUAAACCUGAAAUUUAUUGGGUUCUCCAAGUGUCAAUCAAAACUAAAGAUGGAGAAGAAAUUGUUUUAGAUUGGCAGAGAGUAAGAUGCUUUGAUAAAGAAAUUGCUGGCAUUUUUUUGCAACUUGUUAAGGACCAGAAGCAUGCUAGAGUCGUUAGUGUAACAUCAAAGAAAUUGAUAAAGCCAAGGCCCUUAGCGUUGAAUACUGUUGAAUUAAUGCGAGUGGCUAGUUCUGGAUUGGGUGUGGGUCCACAACAAGCAAUGUUCAUCGCCGAAAAACUUUACACUCAGGGUUAUAUUAGUUACCCCAGGACUGAAACCACCAGUUAUCCUGAAAAUUUUGACCUUCGGUAAUAAUUUUUCUGUGAGAUCGUUACCU